ACAGUACAGAGACAAAAAAGAAAAAAAAAAAAGAAAGAAAGAAGGAACGAUAAUAAUAAAGGACUACCUGUUUAACUGCAAAUAAUUUCCCAGAAACAAGGAGAAAAAGCUGCUAGCAAUGGGCAAUUCUCAGUCACCUCCUGCUGAUCCUCGUUUCUCUUCUGCCACCAGAGCUUUUACUCCAAAGGACCUUGAAGACCUCAAUUCACUCUUUGUAUCUCUGGCUGCCCAAUCGAAGAGCAACAAUGAAUAUAUCUCCCUCUCUGUUUUUCAGGCUUAUUUUGGAUUAAAGAGUUCUCUCGGAGAGAGAUUGUUUGAUUUAGUGACCCAACAGAGAAAAGAUAACAAACUCACCUUCCACGAUCUUGUUAUUGCUAAAAGUGUUUAUGAGAAAGGAACAAGAGAUGAUAUUGAAGAGUUUAUUUAUCAAUUACUUAAUGUAACAGGUGAUGGUGUUGUGGGGAGGUGUGAUAUUGAAUCUGUCCUAGCUGCAAUUUUGAGGAGUAUUUUUUCCCUGGAAACUUCUAACCCUGGAUUGAAUUCACAUCGGGAGAUUAUUAAUGUAUUUCUUAAUGCUGCAAAAUUUUCGAAGGUUGUUGAAGGAGCACCUGAGAAAAGUAUGUCUUUUGAGGAUUUCAGAAGUUGGUGUGCUCUUCUUCCAUCAGUCAGGAAGUUCCUUGGAAGUUUGUUAAUACCCCCCGAUGCAGGAAGGUUAGGUUCUCAAGUUCCUCAGUUGGUGCACGGGGAUAAUAUCAAUCCUGACUUGAUAGUAAUGAGGGAGGAAUAUGCUUGGCAUAUAGGAGGAGCCCUUCCACACCAUGAGCUGGAGGAGUGGAAACUUUUGUACCAUAGUGCUAUUAAUGGCAUGAGCUUCAAUACGUUCUUGGGAAGUACAUCAAAUGGUGAAGGGCCGACAAUAUUGAUUAUUAAGGAUAAAGAUGGCUACAUAUAUGGAGGCUAUGCUUCUCAGCCUUGGGAGAGGCAUGGCGAUUUCUAUGGAGAUUUGAAGUCAUUUUUGUUUCAGCUUUACCCGAAGGCAUCAAUUUUCAAGCCCACCGGAGCAAACAAUAAUGUACAAUGGUGUGCUGCGAAUUUUAGCUCAGAGUCCAUCCCAAAUGGCAUUGGUUUUGGAGGACGUGUUAAUCACUUUGGCUUGUUCCUCUCAGCAAGCUUUGAUGUGGGUCAGACCUUCACUUGCACCACUUUUGGUAGUCCUUGCCUCUCCAAGACCAAUCGCAUAUUCCCAGAAGUGAUAGAAUGCUGGGGGGUUGUUCAAAAUGGAGCACAAGAAGAAAAACUUGAUGCCGCCAAAGCUACAGUUUUAGAGAGAUUUAAGGAGGACCGACACAUGCUCAACAUGGUGGGGCUUGCAAAUUCAAGCGAGUAAAUCUGCAGGCGAAAUCUCUGCUAUUUCAUUGUCAAUGGAGGCCCUUUCACAUGCAAGUGACCGCAAAUGACAAUGUCAAAAGCUUGAUGUGAGGCUUGUUGGCAAAGGAGGAAGAAUGAUGCAAUUAAAAUUAAUGCUAUGGAGGGAUUUCGGAUUCCUGACAGCUGCACAGUAGGGAGUACAAUUGUCACAACUCCCUCAAGGAAACUCCAAUUCAUGCACCGUUUGAAGCGUUGGAAACUAGAUACAUUUAUCUUUCAAUUGAUAUAUAGACUUGUUAGUGGUUUGCUGGGAAUCAAUACAGAAAAGCUUUUGAACUUGUCAAUAGUUAGGAUACUCCUCUGUUUUGGGACAUGUUUUUGUUGUUUAAGAACCUUUUGAUCCCUUAACCCAUCCUUUAGCAUUUUCCAACCAAAUUGAAUUUGUAUCUUUGGGAUCAUCAGGACAGCCCCUGCAUCGAGAAUUAUGCAGAACUCUACUGAAAUGAAACCAGGAAAAAAAAUGUUAUUUCAACCUUUGCCACAACUGACGCAGGGGCUGCCCCGAUAAUUCCAAAGAUCCAAGUGCAAUCUGCUUGUUAAAUUGCUACUGGAAGGUUAAGAAUUCAAAGGGCUUAUAAACAAGAAAAACAUGUCCCAUAACAGAGAGAUUGGUUGAAUUGAUAAAAAUUAAGUUAAGCUUGUUAGCUUAUUUUUAGUGAUGCAUCUUUUUGGUGGAUUCCA